ACCGCAUUUAAAUUAGUACUCGUUUUUAUUGAGAACAUUUAAACAAUGAACUCAGUUUCGCUCUCGUUACUUAUCGUCUGCAGCUUGGCACUGGCUCAAGCAGCCAGCUGGCGUCAAUAUGAGGAUUACGUGGAAAGUGACGAAUACGUCCGUCCAAGCUGGACACACAGACACUCGGAGAUGUGGCCCUGCGACGUCGCCGAUUAUCCCGCUGCCCACUUGCUGAUACACAAGGUCGAGAAUCGUUUGGACAGCAUUGACAACGAGCAGAUGAGGAAAAAUAUUGUGGAUUACGUUGUGGACCGCUUGAGACAGUGCAAGACGGAUGAGCAAAUGGGCGAGCACUGCGUAAAGCGAUCCAUAGGCUAUGCCAUGUCCUUCAUCAGUCGCCACAAACGUCAAUAUCAGCAAUACUAAAUGUAUAUUCAAGAACCAUAUGAAAAUAAAUAAAAGCAAAAAGAAAA